CCUCUGCUCCUGGCUCUCAUUAGCAACCUCCAAAGUUUGACGGAGUCUCCAACCCGAGGCAGUCUGUUUUCCAUCUGAAGCCACGCAUUUCCCUUGAUUUUCCUUUUGUUUUUAUGACGAUGGUAUAAGGAGAAAAUAGCCAUGGUGGUAAAUUCGGUGCACUGGUUUCGCAAAGGUCUGCGGCUGCACGAUAAUCCGGCGUUGCUGGAGGCCCUGAAUGGAGCGGACACAGUGCGCUGUGUUUAUAUCCUCGACCCGUGGUUCGCUGGCGCCGCUAACGUCGGAAUCAACCGAUGGAGGUUUCUUCUGGAGGCUCUGGAGGAUCUCGACAGCAGUCUGAAGAAGCUCAACUCCAGGUUGUUCGUAAUCCGAGGCCAGCCCACUGAUGUUUUCCCGAGGCUCUUUAAGGAGUGGAAGGUGACCCGGCUGACGUUUGAAUAUGACCCAGAGCCUUAUGGGAAGGAGCGGGAUGGCGCCAUCAUCAAGAUGGCUCAGGAGUUUGGAGUGGAAACCGUCAUCAGAAACUCCCACACCCUGUACAACCUAGACAGGAUAAUAGAGAUGAACAACAACAGUCCUCCUCUGACCUUUAAGCGUUUCCAGACUAUUGUGAGCAGACUGGAAUUACCCAGAAGGCCACUGGCUCCCAUCACAAGGCAGCAGAUGGACAAGUGUUGCUCUAAAAUAUCAGACAAUCAUGACCAGCUCUACAAUAUACCUUCACUGGAAGAGCUAGGUUUUCAGACGAGUGGUUUACCUCCAGCUGUGUGGAGGGGAGGAGAGUCGGAGGCCUUGGACAGACUUGGCAAACACCUGGACAGAAAGGUGUGGGUGGCCAACAUCGAACACCCCCGGGUCAGUACCUGUUCUCUGUACGCCAGCCCCACCGGCCUCAGCCCAUACCUGCGCUUCGGAUGUCUGUCCUGCAGGGUUCUGUACUACAACCUGAGGGAGCUGUACAUGAAGCUGCGGAAGCGCUGCAGUCCUCCCUUAUCCCUGUUCGGUCAGCUCUUAUGGAGGGAGUUCUUCUACACGGCCGCCACCAACAACCCAAACUUCGACCGCAUGGAGGGAAACCCCAUCUGUGUCCAGAUUCCGUGGGACCAGAACCCCGAGGCUCUGGCCAAGUGGGCGGAGGGUCGGACGGGUUUUCCCUGGAUUGACGCCAUCAUGACCCAGCUGAGGCAGGAGGGCUGGAUCCACCACCUGGCCCGACACGCCGUGGCCUGUUUCCUGACCCGGGGAGACCUGUGGAUCAGCUGGGAGAGCGGCAUGAAGGUGUUUGAGGAGCUGCUUUUGGAUGCAGACUGGAGUGUGAACGCUGGCAGCUGGAUGUGGUUGUCCUGCAGUGCCUUCUUCCAACAGUUCUUCCACUGCUACUGCCCCGUCGGCUUCGGACGGAGAACUGACCCAUCAGGAGAUUACAUCAGGCGUUACAUCCCAAUCUUAAAGUACUACCCCAACCGCUACAUCUAUGAGCCCUGGAACGCCCCGGAGUCGGUGCAGCAGGCGGCCAACUGCGUGGUGGGGGUGCAUUACCCCAAACCCAUGAUCAACCACGCCGAGGGAAGCAGGCUCAACAUCGAGAGGAUGAAACAAGUUUAUCAGCAGCUGUCGCACUACAGAGGCCUCAGUUUAUUAGCAUCAGUACCAACCAUCCAGGAAGAGGCGGAACCACCCAUGACUGACGAAUCGCAGACGAGCAGCGGUCCAGACUCCCCUCCCAGAGUUCCUAGCGGUGAUGAAGCUGCUCCAGAUUCAUCCACAGCGUGCCCCUCCCCCACCUGCUCUGCCGCCGUCCAACAUCCAUCCCCAGAAGAGACUCUGUCCAACCAGCAGACGCACGCCGCCAUCUCAUCCACGUCCUCCGGCCCCCCACCACCACUGGCAGCAGCCCCUCCCUCCCCAUCCUCCCCCCUGUCCAGGUCCAAACCCUCCUCCCCGUCCUCAUCGUGUCCCAGCCUGUCCCCGGCCCCGAGUCCGGCUGCCGCCCCCCCGCCCCGGGCGUCCACUCUGGGCACCCGAAGGAAAGGUAUGGCCCGAAAGAUGAGACGCAGCCAGAGGCAACGGGGGAGGCAGAUCUGCGCCAUGACGACCAGAGAGGGAGGGGGGAGGGAAGAGGAGGAGGAGGAGGAGCGUGACGACGAGAAGAUGGAGGAGGACGCGGAACCAGAGGAGGAGGAGAGGAUGGAGGAGGGGACAUCAGGAGGCGCAUCAGGACAUCAGCAAUAACAGGUGGAGUUUAACAGAACAGACGUCAAAAAAAACAGACAUUGGGACUCAUCCGAACAUUUACCAGGAGCAGAGCUGUGGUCGUGUGCAGAUCAUGAACACCCGUGCAUGCCUUCAGCGCAAGAGGAAACGGUACAAAACAAAGCCACUCAGAUAAAACCGAACACAGCUUUAGAUGAACAGGAGUAGCUCUGCAAUGGUAGGUCCCCACUCUGACCCAAAAGUAGACUCACUCCAGACCCACUGGACUCAAACUGGAGCAGAAGGAUCUCAAAAACGUUCCAGUGAAUAACCCUUGUACAGUUUUAUCCCCAAAAAACACUGUCACGGUUAAAAAGAUGUAAGAUAACAACUGCACCCAAUGUGUCCGUCAAAGCUCUGUGACCUGCUAGAACACACACACGCACUAUAGUUUGGGUAAAAAACAGCCUAUAAAGGUGGAUUUUGACGUUUUGCGGUGACUGUGUGGGACUAAACAGCUGCAGAUUUAGUCCUGAUACCAAGUUACAGGCGUUCACACACCUGCAGCUGAAUGGAAAUAUUAAAGGCAACACGCUGUCGUAGUUGGUUUCAGUGAACGUUACAGCUGACGUCAGGGUUCCUACACAUGAGGGUAAAAAACAAAACAAAACUGGAUUUUAGCCAUAAAAAGAAGAUGGAGAGUGUUUCUCUAACAGGUUGUCGCACCCUUUUACUUCAACACUACUAGUAAAACAUAUAAAUGGAUCUGUGUUUAUUCUGAACCGCAUCUAUGUUUAAUAUCCGCCAAUGACGGCGCAGAUGUUAAAACACGUGACGAGUAUGAACAUGUGAAACACUACUGGAAAGUAUCUACAGAUCAGGUUUAAUAGAUGAAGGUGGAUCAUUAUUCAAGUGCUAACAUUGGCUUUAACCCAUAAAGACCCAGUGAUACUUUUAUGUUGGUUCCCAAAUGAAUUUUUCUUUCUAUUGAGUAUUUCCUAAGGGAUUUAUCACCAUUUACUUUAACAUUAUCCACUUUAUUUUGCAUUUUUCACUGUAAAAUCACAUAUUUUUCUAUGUUCAAUUCACAGAUGUGUGUAGGCGUUCUUCAGGAAAUUCACAGGUUAUUAUAUAAAAACAGAGAAAAAACAAUGUUGUAGACGAUCAUGGUGUUUCUACAGUAACUAUGGAGGCUUUGAACGUCCAAAUGGGUCAUAUCUGGUGACCAUGAAAAGACGACAAACUCUGUUACACCAGUUAUUUACAUGUAUUGAUGGGAUUAGUGGGCCAACAGGUGUUAAACAGUUCAGAUCACUAAAUGUUCUGGGUCUUUAUGGGUUAAGAAUGAACAAGACAGAAAGGACUUAAAAUGUAAGAAGAAGCAAACAGGAAGUGAUGUAAAAGGGUUUAAAAAACAGCAUGAAGUACACAGAAAGAAGUCAAAGAUACAACAAAACAACAGCAGCAUAAAAGAUGCACAAGACAAAAAAUACAGAAUAGAAAGAUAAUGACACAAACACAAGAACGUGAAAGGACGGAACAAAACAAACCAACGAAAUAGCCACAGAUAAACUCAGAUCCUGAAAUGAUCAUGUGUGGGAGCCGAGACGUAUUAAACCUGUGCAUUCGCACUCUUUCAUUAGUUCUGUAUAAACCUGUUUUUCUGUCUCCAUGUUCAUGAAGGGCGUCCGGUACUGAGAGCUAAAGGUCAGAGGUCAAGCGUCAGGGAAGGUUUGUCAUUAAAAAUCAAACCCUUGUCAGUUUUUGUUGGUCACACAUCUAUGAAGGUAUAGCAAAUUGCUAAUUAAAACUAUGUAAAAUAAGAGGCAAAGGCAAGACCUGUAUGAAGAGCUUUUUUAUAUAUCUAUCUGUAUCCAUCUGUGUGUAUAUACAGAUGGAUAUAGAUAUGAGACAUGUUUAGAUUCUGAAGAUGGGAUGAGGAAACGAACAUGGAGGCUUCAGGUUAGUGACAUUUUUACAUUUGCCGUAUAAAUCUGUGGCAAUUUUAAAAAUGCUGCUUGUGUGAAUGAAUGUAGAGGGGAAGAGGGCUGUUGGCCCCUCGUAUUUAUCGGUUUGUAUUUAAAAUCUGUUCAAUAAAGUCUGUUUUACUGUUGAUGAACUGACAGACGGAGGUUUCGUCAAGGCUUCACCUGCAGCUCAUUUGUGUGAAAGCAGCCACCAGGGGGCAGUAGAGGGGGGCGGGUUCUGCACAUGCGCAUUGUUUGUCAUUGGAGGAUGAGAUCACUGUUUUAAAAAAACAAAAACUGACUUGGGUAAAAGCAUACACUUAUUAUCACAAAUUCUAGAUUAAGUCCUUAAAUUACUAUAAAAUUAUAUGAAAGUGGUAACAUUCCUAGAAAAAAAAUAUUUAUCUUUGAUUAUAUUCAUAAAAAUGCCCUAAAAACAAUCCUCACAUUUUCUUAGAUUAUAGUAGAAACCUGAAAAACCUCCCAAAAAUAUUUGUGAUUACAGCAGUAAAUGUAUUUGAAAAGCUUCCAUAUAAUCCUUCCAUUAAAAAGUCAGAAAAUUUGCAGCAAGUUUGAAAUUGACAAGAAAAGAACCUCAUAAAACCUCUUUACAGAAAGAAAUUCUUUCAGAUUAGAGGUAAAUUUAUUAGAAAAAAUAACAUUCUCUCUCAAAAUAGCCAAAAAAAGUAUAGAUUUUCUGAUUACGGGUGUAAAUUUACAAUAAAAAUUAAAGUGGUAACUGUUCAAGAGAAAUGUCUGUUCAGUAAUGUUCAGUUAGUCAUAAAAUCGCCCUAAAAAACAGUCGUCACUUGUAAAUUUACUUAAACUUCUAAACAUUUGUAUUACAGCUGUAAAUUACUUGAAAAAGUCAAAUAGAAUUUUACAUUAAAAAGUCGUGAAAUUUGCAAAAAGUCCUCAAAGUUUCCUUUGGUUUGGGUCAGAAAUUUACAGGAAAAGAACCUGAGAUUAGAGGUAGAUUUAUGAGGAAGAAUCCCAUUCUUUUAGAUUCAAAAGUUAUAAAAUAUUUCCUGAAUUUGAAAUGGUGCGUUUGAGUGGAAGAAUGAAAUCAGCCAUGAAAUAUGUGUCCCCCAGAACCAAUCAGCUGUUUUUAUGAUUGCAUGAUUUAAAAAACAAAAAAAACAACCCUAAUGUAAAAGUAGGAAUAAUGUAACUGAAACUUUGACAAUCGUGUUUUUUUUUUUUUCAGUUCAGUUUUUUGUAAAUCCUUUGUGUAAAACCCCAUUUUUCCUGACGUGUAUGUGGAUACUGGAGCUGCAGGUGCGUUUGUGAAACCCAGUCGGCAUUGCCAGGACGGGUGGGGUUGGGUUUGGGGGUGGGGUGGGGGGUUGGACGACGGCAGAUUGUUAGAAAACCUCAGCCGUCAGCGAGCGCUCAUGCACUUCACCGUGUUCAGGACGAGUGGUGACUGAACGUCUCGGGUCAGAGCUCACAGGUCCCAGUCGUCCCUGAACACAUCACGUGUACAUUCCAGCUGCGAAUGGUGUGAGGCUCUGACGCUGCAGGUCGGACUGAGAACUGUGGGAGACAUGGAUAUUUAUUCAUUUUGUAUUGUACAAAGAGAGUUUAUUUUCAUUAAAACUGCUGAAGGAAUUGCCAUUGAA